GCUACAACUUUCACCUACCCCUUCUCCAACGGUUACCAUACUUUUCCAAAAUUCGUCCCAUAUCUUUUUUCGGGCGCCGUCUCAGGCUUCGAAGAUAUUCGAAGCUGGAUGGCAACGAAGUCAAGAUUUGUCUGGAAGCGGAGGAUACAUGCCUGUUGGGUUCCAAUUUGAGCGACGAACGACGAUCUGAUACCGAAGACCUGGUGAGAGACGACGAUGCUUCGUCAUCAUCCUACAACGACCAUGAAGCGCAUAUCAACCCUUGUCUCUUGAUUUCGCCAAGUUGUUCUGAAAACGAAGAGGUUGAAGAAAAUCAUGACGAUUGCGAAGAAAAAAAUGAAAUAAAAUUCCAGGAUUUUGAAUGCGAUCUACAAGUGGAAGGGGACGAUUCCGGUGAAGAGAAAAAAGAGUUCUCAUUUACAUUUUAUGAUUUGGACGGAUAUGGGAAAAUAACCAAAGAUGAUGUUGCUGGACUUGUACGCAGUAUUUAUGGAGCAGUAAACGACUCAAUCAAAGUACCUCAAGGUGGCAAGAAGACUAUCAAAGUGAAACUUACGGUCACUCCUGAAAAGUAUUCCUCCAAUGAUCCACAAAACAACCCACAAGAAGAAAAUAUCAUCAACAACAACAAUAAUAAAAAUAACCUCCCAACCAGUCAAAUGGGCAACGGUUGCUCAGCUUCAACAGCCGAAGGGCAUCCCACCACCACCCCCACGACCAAUUUUCGGAACAAUGUGAAUGUGACGAUACAAGAGAAUCUCCACAGAGAACGAUCUGGGCGGAAAGAAAAGGAUUUCAAGGAUCGUUUCUGCCACUUUGAGAGACCAAAGUUCAGCUCGGUGCGCCUCCCCAACUCUUCUGGUUGUCGAGGAUGUAGAAACUUUUCUCCCGAGGUGUUUCGCGAUUGUAGUGCGUCCCCACUCCGGCACCGAAAAAAGUGGAGAGAGCAGAGAACAUGUUCCUUCUACCGACCCGAGCUGAUAGACAUUAUUCAGGCCAACAUGGAGAAGAACAAUGUGUCCCCUUGCUGCCGACAUGAAUUGCAUACUCAUCAUCAACAUUCCCAAAGUCAUUGUACCCACAACAAUCAGCUAAACGACCCAAGUUCCCUUUUUCGAAAUGAAAAUUUUUGGAAGCAAAAGUUGGCAGACUUGACUCAAAACAAUGGAGGAGGAUGCAACCAUCAUCAUCAUCCGGUUAGUCUCGGAGGAAUGAAAAUGCACGACUGUCAUAACCACAAAAUAACCAGUCACGGUAAUCAUUGGUGGUGCAAGAAACACGGACAUCAUAGGUCGAGGUCCCAUGACAUUUCUCACGACCUUAGUCAAAAUGUUUCCAAAAUGUCUGGUCUACAACCUACGGACCGUGACCAACUUCAGUCAUCUCCUCUGGGGCAUGUCACCAACCGAGAAUGUUGCAACAAUAACAAUACUAAUAUUAAUAAUAACUCCCAACUCAACAAUGUUAUUAAUCAGGACGAGCAAUGUGUUGAUAAUCUUGAGCUACAACACCAACAAGGAUGCAUUCUGACCUCAAAACAGCAUCUUUCUCCUCCUAGAAACAAUAAAAAUACGAACAUCACAAAUUCAGCAUCUCCCCAUCAACUGAAACAUAGGAAUCGAGAAGUGGAGCACGAACGGGCCAUGGCCCAAGUCAUUAGUUGGCUGGAACGAGAAAACAUUGGGGACAAGACCAAGUGUUUCUCUCCUAAAAAGAAGAUUCAUAAUCCGAACAAUCCCUGUGUCCAUAGCCCACCUGUUGUGAAAAAACAUGAACAUCAUCACGUUCACGAACACAUUCACCAUCAUUAUUAUCAUCAUUACGCGAAAGAGACUCCAAUCAUUGUCUAGUGCAUCCAUCUUAUGCAUGUAGUUACUGGUUCCAGUAUUUCCUUAUUGUAGUAUACUUAAUACACCUGCAUACAUACGUUACGUAAGUGAACCUGCUUUGGACGUUUGAAAUUCUACCCUGCAUUGUAUUGCGUCAAAUAUAAACCCUCAACAUGAAAUGUCUAGAAAGUACUCCAACUAAUUUAUUCCCAAACCGUAUUUGAUAUUCAUAAGUGUUCACAACUUGUGUCGUACCUAUUAUAAUAAACGUACUUAUAUGCAUACUUAUAACUUGUACUUUUGUUAGCAAUAUAACUUUUUGCUGAAACUUUAUUAAUAUGCAGUUUUAUAGCCGUGGUUUAUAGUAUGCAUUUAUACUUUGUUGACUAAUUUAUUAAUUUACCGACGCAAACGUUCCCGUUGGACUGAUUUAUCCUUAGCUGUUUAAGUUCACAAUUUGCAUUCGCCACACUCACUCAAUCUCGUAUUAAUAUUUAUUGUCGGUGUUAUACCCAAAAUGUACACAAUUUAUCAAUGUAAUAAUAGUUUCAACCAGUGAGGAGUUGAUAGUAUUCUAUAUAAUUGUUAUUAUUAUAUAUUCAAGUCUUUAGCUGUUUUGUACCUAUUUCAACAAUUGUGAAUUUACCUGUAAAAUGUUGCAUUCAAUCGAAAUGUAUGAAGGUUUGAAAUUAGAUGAGCGAGUUGCUUUAAUAAACAGUGACGAAAAUUACGAAAUAUUAAA